AUGUCGAUCGUGGCAGAAUGGUUUUUUGCCGGCUUCACUAGAUACACUUCUACAGUCGUCUCCAAGGAUGACAGAUCCGAGGUUUACACAGACAUUCAUGUUGAUAUGAAGCGAUUUGACAACGGAGAAGUGAAGCCGGCCUACCGGCUUGAUCAACGAUGGGUCAAGAAUAACCGAGAUCCCGAGAAUGUUGUAUACGGCAUCUCAGGGGAAGGAGACACAACUCUUCUUUACAACGAGAUCACAUUCUUGCUCGUCAUGGCUCUAGCUGAUGGUGCACUGGAGAACAUUGACUCUUGGGAUGAUAUCCAUCAAAUUAAGAUCCCAGAUGGAAUCUACACGGAAGCGAUACGAUCGCAACACAUCACGCAAUCCGACACUAGAGUUUACGGCCGCGAUUACAUGGCCAACAUGUCUUCAGCCAAUGGAAAAGCAGCUUUCCUCGACCUUCCGUUAAAUCAUGAGACUGUGGAACACUUUCAAGGGUUGGAGCGAUGCAGAGAGGAGGGUUUGCCAUCGUCGAUCCCUGCCGAACGCGAGGAGGCAAUCCAUCGAUCUCCCGAGAUCAUGGAGCUCCAGUCUGAGCUCGAUGAUUGCGUAUCUGCCUCUGAAAGAAUGGAAACCAAGCGCAAAUUAGUCAAUCUAUUGAAAAGGUUGAAGCGCGAGGAUCUGAAAGAGUACCAGAAACAGUGGGUGCGGAAUCGACAGAGCGAAAUUGUGUUGAAAAGAGGCCACGUCGAGCCACUUGCCGAGUCUUAUGAGCCCCAUGUUCUCAUUCAGCUAGUGCCGGAAAGAAGGAAGAUCGCUGAGCUAGCGAGCUUGAAAGAAGGAUUAACAGAAGGCCAACUGAGGGAGGCAGAAAACGCCCUUUACAGUCUGUGCGUCAAAGACUUGACCACACCAUACCGUCCUGACGAACAGCCGGUGGACGGAAAUUGCCCCGUCUGCGGGAUAACCAUGGCAAGCAUUCAGAAGAGAUCAAGGGCUGAUCACAUCCACGGCUGUCGACGUAUGCAGAUCAGCAAGACCAGGGGCUACAACUCCAGAAGCCUGCGUUACUGCUAUGACUGUUUUGAAUGGUUCGCACUGGGCAACCAUGAAUGGAGCCGGCACUGCGAUAUUUUCCACGCCGAACUGAGACCAAGGAGCUGCGAUCGAAUCACCUACAACAAUACCGUUGUCAAAGAAUACCGUUGUGGAGCCUGCGCAGCACCACAGACACCUGAAGAGCUUCGGCUUAAAGACUACUCGCCGACCAAUUUCUGGUUGCACUUGCAACAGCACAUCAACAAGAUUCAAUCUUGGCCUGUCCAGUGCAUCUACUCUGGAUGUACGGAGCAAGUCGCAAGCACAGAAGCGUUGCAAUACCACCUGAAAGACACCCACUACCUGGCCAAGCGGCAGUCGCAUGCUGGAGUCAGGGGACGGAAACGGACAAGGAAUGAAGCCAACGGCGACGAUAACUUGCCAAGAACAAAUUACGCCCAAUAUUGUGUCGGAGAUGAAAGUACAGAAGUAGGGGCUUUUAUGGGCAAAAACGUCGAACAAAACGAGAAUCACAUCAGCGACUGGAGUUGCCCACUAACAAAUGCAAUGAGGCUCGGCUUGCUGGACUCUGAGUCGGUUCAUUCAGCGUCACACCCGUCCCUCGACUUCAACCCUGACGUUCUAGACCCUCAGCUGAGACUAGCGCAGGUAAAGGAUCCAUCUAGACCACUUGAGCAACUUCAACGCCGUUGUCCGCAAGCGCCAGUCGCGUCAGAUAGUUGCUUCUCGGCGCCUCAUUCGAACCACGCCCAACCGAUGGCUCAAUUUCUCGAGAGCAGCGUCCACCUCGAACUUGCGGGAGAGGAUCCUGCAACCGAACUUACGGCCGUUGACAAGGCUCUCGCCUGUGGAAGGUCUCCCAAUGGUUUCGAGCCCUCAACCAACAUUCAGUUGGCUGAUGAUGUUUAUCUUGUCGAUGAACUGUUAGCUAGGUCGAAGCAAUGGUAUCUGGUCAAGUGGAAUAACUGGAGCCACGAACACAACACAUGGCUACAGGCUCAGGAUAUAAAUGGUGAACUGGUACGACAAUAUGAUCAAAGUGGCAAAAAGAAUGAUUUUGGACGUUUACUCCAGAAGAGGAUGCGUAAGGGCAAUGCACAAUAUCUCAUGAGAUGGAACUACCGUCCAGCAAAUGAGGAUUCGUGGCUGUGGGAACACGAAGUCGAGGAGAACCUCAUUUCAGAUUUCAACGAACAAGAGAGUGGAAUCCAGAAACCGCGGAAGAAAAGAAGGACAAGGAGGAACUACUAG